AUGGAGCAGAGCUUCUUCGAUUUGAUCUAUUUUCUACACUGCCCAGGCCUUGCUGAGACAUUCCUCGACGUUUUACUCUCCUCAGUCCCGAUUUGGCUCGCUGUCAUGAUCGACCUUGUUAUCGGCUGCUCCUGGCGCCCUAGGUGGACCGGUCUGCUCUAUCUCAGUCUCCGCUCCAAGAUCCGGUUCGCCUGGAUCGCGCCGCCGAGGUUUGGGGCUCGGAGGUUCUGGCUCGCCUUCACGGCAUUUUCGGUUGGUUGGAGACUUUGGUCCAAGUUCAUUUGGAAGGGAAAGGAUGGUUCUCCAGUGGCGGCGGCACAGCUGGUCGAAAGUGGCAGUGACGUUAGGCUUAACACAGGAACCUCACAGGUAGCGAAUGUUGUGGUAGAGAAAGAUCUAGAACACCUAUUGCAACUUAUUGAAAACAAGGGUGGGAAAAUGGAGUGGCAGAGUAUGAUGGGACACUCCACCUCAAACUUGACAUACCAAGCUUGGCGCCAUGAUCUUGAGGUAUUGUCUUUCAAGUGCUGGAAAAGUAGGCCCAAGUCUCGGCAUUUGCGUUGUAGUUUAAUUGGAGUUUUUCAUUAG